AUGUUACUUCGCCUUCUGACUCUCCCCCCGCUUUUCGUUCUUUGUAUCUCCCACUCUCGUGGAGAUCUGAGCGUAAUCACGGCGCUUCGACAUGCUUUCGACGAGUGGCAUGAUACGUUUGCGUCCAUCGAGGGAGCUUGUAAUGCCUUUGCCAGCAACAUUGAUAUUUCUCAUGCCAAGGACUAUGUCAUGUCCGACACCUACGGAAAGUGGGCGUGUGACGCAGCCGUGGAUUCUGUGCCCCUUUUCCAAGGUUUCCUAGAGAGUGUCGUUUCCCGCAAAGAGGAUUUCCAUACUGUAGGAUAUAGUUCCGACGUGUGUCAUCUUCUCAAAGGUAUUGAGAGGGAUCGUUACCCAUUCAACAUGAAGUUCAUGGCUUCAGUUCCGGUCACAUACAAGGAGUGCAUGAAAAACCGUUACGAGACGACUGAGAAAAUGCUUCAGACAGCUGUGGAGGCGUACUGUGAGAACGACUCAUAG